GCUGUGAUCCGGUGUGCUUCCCGAGAAGAAAAAUCCUUGCCUGCUCCGCGAGAAAAGACAGGAACUGUUUGGCGUGUUGGGUGGUGUUGUGCAAUUUGACUUGCUGUUGCUGGAGGGUUUCGUGGUUGUGUGACACCGACAGUUUGGCUGACAAAAAAGGACAUUGUGGAUUCAAGUCAAACGUCUUAAGAACUAACGAAAAACAAGAAAAAUGCAUUCAGUGUUACGAUUUGUGUGUGCCACCGUGGUGUUGAGUACCGUCGUUUUGGGCUCCACCGAGGAGUACCAGAGUCCCGGAUUACGUGCCAUUUCGCGGGUGUACGACGAGUGCUCGAAGGCAGAGAAUGGGUUCACACCGUGUCUCAAGAAACGAGCCCUCACCUUCAUCGAUCGGUUGAGUCGCGUGGACUCGCUAUCACUGGGUGACAUGAAGAUUGUUCGCAACGAGCGGGCCGCACCCAUCGAGAGCAAACCCCUGACGGAUAACGAGCUCGAGCAGAGCCUGCCACGAGGACUGGAAGCACGGGACGAAGCACUGAACAACAUGCUGUUGGAUAAGAUCGCCGGAGUGUUCAGCAGCCGAACGGUACAGAUCAGCCUGCCCAAGUUGUCGAGCGAUGAGCUAGGACGCGGAUUGGAAGAAGGUCGCGGUAAAAUGAAGAAAAUGAUGAGCAUGAUGAUUAUGGGCUUCAUGAUGAAGAUGGCUGCCAUGGUGCCGGUUGCGAUCGCCGGACUCUAUAUUCUCGCCGGCAAAGCACUGAUCGUGUCGAAGAUCGCUCUCCUCCUGGCCGGUAUCAUCGGGCUGAAGAAGCUAGUCGCCAGCAAACAGUCCGGAGGAGGUGGUGGCGGCUGGUCCAGCGGUGGCUCCGGACACGGUGGUGGCUGGGACAGGCGAUCGGCUGAUCUGGCUGCAGCAAACAUGGCGCAGAACAUGGCCUACAAUUCGUACGCCAAAAACCAGGCGUGAAAGGCAACAACAACGCAUGAAGACACCGACACCCUCCGUGCCGACCCGAGGUUCCCUAGAUAAGUUAUUUGUUAAAAUAGGAACUAGGAAAACCGAAAGUCGGUCGAAAUACUCUCAUCCUUCGCGAGUUUUGACUGUGGGAAGAAAUCUGAACACAAGGCAAACCUGAAGAUGAUUGAAACAUAGUAUUUAUUUAUUUAUUUAAAUUAUUAGAACACAACGGAAAAGUAGCAGAAGUCAUCCUAAACGCAUUUCUCACAGUAUUUCGUAUGAAUCAAUACAAUAGACUCUUUCCAUUAUUACUCUAAUGGGUUCUUUCAACUUUCUACUAGUCUUACAAUUUCCACAUUUUCUAAUCAACUUUCAACCAUUCUUCAAACCUUUCACAUUUCCACAUUCGUGUGGUUGCUAUUUUCUACACUCUGAGAAGCUAAUCUACAUACAAUCACUUUUCUCAUUGCCCCAGUUCAUACUUUCUCUCAACUAAUCACUAUAAUGUCAUCCACGUUGCUCGAUUCUGUAUCUUGGGAAACCAAUUAUUUUUUCGAGGACUUUCACUCAUCUGUCAUUCUAUCUUUAACAGCUGUAAACUAUCUGACUAUCACUGAUUUUCGUCUUUAUUCAAACAUUUUCAAUUAUUUUCAAACCGUUCGAACAUAAUGUCUUACAUUUUCCCCACUCUCAUCAACAUUCUCGUUAUCUGGAACUCAAUUAAUUAACCUAUUUUCACUUUCCAACGCAAUGCUCACUUCGUAUAACCUUUUUCUUUACGAUGUUAUUUUCCGUUUGUCUUCUGUUCUGUUUUAUCUGUUUUUCCCAGAAGGCAAACAAACCCUUACGAUGCCACUGCUCUGUGAUACACUUGUUUCUGUUUUUGUUUCUUUCCUCCAUUUUCAAUACAUCAAAACCAACAAAAGUGUGUUGGAAGACACGACUAUUACCGUUGAAGAACUGUCUUCAGCUAUAAAUUGUGUGUUAAUGUGUCGAAAAAAAACUAUCACUUUCGACUCGUGUAAUCUGUUCUCAUAGGACUCCUUGCGUCUGUCGUUAACUUGUGUCUUAGUCAAACUGUUAUCUUAAUCUUAGUUCUCAUACUGUAUAGUAACCAUGUAAACUGUAUUCACUGUGUACUCUAAAAAAACUCUGCCAAAACUGUUGCCCACUCGACUAUGUUUGUUAGAUAUGUUAAAUUAACGAACGUAACCAUUGUUGGAGACUAGGUAUAAUUCGAACCUUGUAAAAGUUGCGCAAACUUAGGGAAUCGGAUAUAUAUUUGUUUUGUUGAUAAUGUGUAGGAUUUUAGUUUUAAUAUUUGACAUUAUUAAUAAACAGACUAACGGAAUGAAACGUGUGAAAUAAACUUUUAAUAAAAGUAGCCUUCCUCUUGAGA